UUAACAUUAAAUUACAAAAUCAAAAAACAAAGUUUGAACCUUUUCAAAUUGUCUUCAUUCAUCAUGCCAAAUUGCCAAGUACAUAAAUUUCAGAUUAAUUUCCACUCACAUAUGCAUUAGUGAAAAAUCCAAAGAGAAAAAGAACCCUUGAUCUUAUUAUGUACACACUACUCCACAAUAACAUGUGUAAUAAUAACACUUUCUACCCUUAUAAGAACCAUAUUUUUCUAAUGCUAAUUAUGAUUCUUUCACUACUAUUCAAUAUUCAAGGCCAAGAAAACAGAGAAAAUCAGAACAUGGCUGAAUUACCACCACAAGGUGUGACACCAAGUAAAGGUGUUGUAAUAAUUGUUCUUUCCAUAAUGUUUGUAAUAACAUUCAUUUUACUUCUUUAUGUUAAAUUCUGUCGUGUUACUCAACUUCAACUUUCAAAUCAAAACCCAAGUAAUCAACAAAACAAUCGAUCAAGAUCUAUAGUUUAUGGUGUUGAACAACAAAUCAUUGAAACACUUCCUUUCUUCAAAUUUUCUUCCUUAAAAGGAUCAAAACAAGGGUUAGAAUGUACCGUUUGUUUGUCGAGAUUCGAAGACGAAGAGAUUCUUAGAUUGUUGCCUAAAUGCAAGCAUGCUUUUCACAUGAAUUGCAUUGACAAGUGGCUUGAAAGUCACUCUACUUGUCCUCUUUGUAGGUACAAAGUUGAAGAAAUGGAUAUAAAAAAUUUCACUUUUUCAUUCAGCUCAAGAUUUCUUAGAGUCCCUUCAAAUUUAAGUGAAGACCCAAAUCUUGAAAUCUUUAUUCAAAGGGAACCGUCACAAAGAAAGAGCAAGAGAUUUGAAGAACAAGAAGAAUUUCUUCUUGAUGAUCAAGGAGGUGCAGGAAGCAGUAAUGGGGGUGUAACAACAAAGUUGAAACAAAAACAACCUUUGCAUAUGAUUAAUCAUAAAAUAUUAAUCUCUGAUGUCGUUGUUGCAAGGAGUAGGUGGAGUGAUCUAAAUUCUUCAGAUUUGUUAUCAUUGAAUUGUGAGAUGCUUCAUGAUGUGUCAAGCAUGAGAUUCUCUCAGGAAGAAAAUUCAAUAAUAUUUAGUGGUGAAAAGAGGUGUAUGUCUGAGAUUGCAAAUGUUCCAAGGUUUGUGGAAAUAAGUAGAAGGAAUAGAAUGAGAGAAUGUGGUGGUGAAGAUGGAAGUGGUGAGAGGUUGUGGAGGAUUUGGUUGCCAAUUGCACGUAGAACAGUUCAAUGGUUUGCAAGACAAGAAACAAACUCGGUUCAAUUAUUACAACAUGAACAUUUAGCUUCAAACGUUUGAUUAAUGUAUGUAGUGGUAAAGAUAUUUUGUAUCAUUCAUUUUCUUAUUUUAACUAAGUUAUUGAUUAGGAACACUUUAUUUGGAAUCAGUAUCUCAUUAUGUCACAAGCUGAUGUAACAGUUUGUAACAAAAUUAUAAUAAACGACUUCCCAUAUAUUACAAUUCACUGUUUAA